GAAAGGAGGGAAGGACGGAACGUAUGCAUGCAAGAAGAGUACACAGUGUGUAUGCGAGUUUUCUUUCUGAAUCGUCCUGUGGGUGUCAAGUAUGGCAAGUACCAACCAAUCAGCGGAUGGGCACAUGUCCUUAACCGAAGGUGGCAUCUCUGUAAAGCGUGAGCCGGUGGAUGACGGAUACGAUGACUCUGACUGUACGCUACUGGAGCGGUUAGGCAGAGGACUGAUACCACCAGACAUGGAUGAUAUCGAUGAAAGUCUGGAUGCUGACAAUGAAGUCCUUGAGGAUUUUGACUCAAGUUGUGUUGAUGGAAAUAUUUCAGACAGGACAGUAGUACAGACAAAUUAUUCAGUGCGGUUAUUAAGACAAUUUCUUAAAGACCAACGAGAAAGUGACCUGAAAUUCGAGAACUAUGAGACAGCAAAGUUGAAUAACAUUCUAGGCAAUUUUUACGCUGGAUUAAGAAGACCAGGGGGAAUUAAGUACAGAAAAUCAUCGAUGCAGGCAAUCAGAGCUGGCCUUGCCCGUUACAUAAGUGUGUAUCGCCGUGACAAUAUUGUUUUGGGAAGAGACUUCAAAACUGCUAAUUCAGUGUUUCAGUCUGUGUGCAGCUUUCUCAGUUUAGAAGGAAAAGGAGAUGUUGAUCAAAAGGAGAUACUAGCAAAAGAGGACCUUGAAAAACUCUACCUCUCCAAGGCAUUUUCAACUUCCACACCAACAGGCUUGCUGAACAAAGUUUGGUUCGAAGUUUGCAUCAAUUUCUGUAGUAAAGGGCGAGACAGUCAGAGGGAAUUAACUCCGGAUGUUUUCCAAUUCCAAACAGAUGAUCAAGGAAAAGAAUAUGUGACAAUGAAGCCGGAAGCUUUAAAGGUCCAUGGUAAGAAAAGAAAGCCUGUACGGAUGUACUCAACUGGAGACCAACGCUGCCCAGUCACAAGCUUGAAGCUCUACCUUGCAAAGCGCAAUCCUGGUUGCCCUUCAUUCUUUCAGAGACCGCUAGACACUGGGUUUGGAAGUCGAGCCAUUGGCAUAAAUGCACUUGGAAAAAUGAUGAUUGAUAUUUCAAGAUCUGCCGGACUGUCUAAAGUAUACCCAAAUCGCGCCAUCAGGGCAACAGCACAAGUGUUACUUAUUGAUGUUGGAGAUCAUCAGAAGUUGGUCAAUGUGCCCCCCAGUAUAUCAGAGAAUGCAUCUUCACAGAAAACGAUACAGAGUAUUGGGCAAGUCAAUCCAACAGGAAAUAUGUUAGUUUUCUUUCAACCACAAGUAGCAGGUAUUUCUCAAAUAGCGAGUGUUCCUGAGACUGCUGGAAAUACGUUAAAAGGCCCCGGAAUACCAAGUGUACCUCAGACUGUGGGAAAUAAUGUAGUACAAGGACCACAAAGAGCAAGGGAUCCUCAGACUGCGAAAAAUUAUGAAGUACAAGGCCUCCAAAUUGCAAGUGUUCCUCAGACUGAGGAAAAUAAUGUAGCACAAGGCCAGAGCAAUGUUCAAAAUGAGCCAGAAAAUGCACCACAAAAACAACCACAUUUGUCACAAGUACUAAACAAAACAUUAGUGUCAGACAGUGAAAAUAUUCCAUUAAAUAACACAACAAUGUCUGACGGUCAAAAUAUUCCAGUGAAUAACACAACAAAGUCUGACAGUCAAAAUGUUACAGUAGAUGAAGCUACAAUGCUAGACAGUGAGGACAAAAGUGAAUCAAGCACAAUAAGGAACUUGAAUAUUCCUAAAUCUUCAAUGUGUAUGAAGAGAUGGUACCUUAAAGAUGUCAUAACAAGAAGUGACCUAGAAUGUCUGUAUGCCUCCAAGGCUUUUUUAAUUGACACGCCAACAGGCUUGCUUAACAAGGUAUGGUUUGAGGUUGGCCUCCAUUUCUGUGAUGGACGAAAAAGUCAGAGAUACCUUUCCCCUGAGGUUUUCCUGUUUGUUACAGAUGAGGAAGGAUGUGAAUAUGUAACAAUAAGACCAGAAGCUUAUAAAGCCCAUGGAGUAAAUUUAAGAUCAAACCAGAUGUAUUCCACUGGCGGACCACUGUGUCCUGUUGAAAGCCUGAAGCUGUACCUGUCUAAGAGACAUCCAUCUUGCCGAGCAUUUUUCCAGAGACCCAUAGUAGAUUCUGCAUUUAGAUAUCGUCCAACUUGGUACGAGUGUCAGCCGGUUGGCAAGAAUGCUCUUGGAAAAAUGAUGGCCUUGAUCUCAAGAAUUGCAGGACUGUCCAAAAUAUACCCAUGUUGCUCUUUAAAAGCAACAGCUGAAUUUGGCCUCGCAGAUGACGGACUACAGCUUAGAAGACUUAUUUCUUCUGUGGAAGAGCUGAUGAAGGCAUCUGUUUCCAGUGAUAAGAAAACAGUUGGUCAGAGCCAUGAAAAAUCACCUCAUCUAGGUAGUGUUACUUCGGAUAAAGGUGAUAAUGCAGUAAGGUCAGAUGACGGUUUGCCUUGCAUUCCCAAAUGCAACAUGUUACCAAAAGAAACCCCUGAGGAGCAACAAUACUUUGAUAAUAUCACUUCAAAAACUAAAGUGGUGGAAGAAUCAGAUUUUGCUGUUGAUACUGACAGUUCAUCCAACUCUUCUACAUCAGAGAGUGAGAGAAAUCUCUCUGAACUCAGUAACGAGUAUGAUCUUCAAGAGAAUCAGGAUGAGCGUGAACAAGACUUCAUGGAGAUUGCUGGAAAUGACGAUUCACUGUCCCAUCGGCCUGGUAGAGAUAACACAGCCAGUACAAGUAGUGUGCAAGAAGUCCUACAGAGCCUGUUGAGAGAACCAGAUGUCAAUGUGAGAAUGGUUAUAGAACGUCUCCUGCAGCAGAAUGACGAUAUCCUGGCCCAGAUGGACCCAACCCCACUGAAGUCUAAGCCAAAGAGUAGCUUCACUGCUAAUCAUGACAGUUCAAGGAGUGGUGACCUUGCUGCUUCAGAUGAGCUUCUUGAGAAAGGAGUGACAGAUCAUGGCCCGCCAGUUGACACGGAGCUGGUGUGUGCGGUGAGCUCCAAAAUUGUGCUGGUAGGCUCUGAGGGACAGCCCCUUCAGCUUGACAUGGAGUACUUUUUCUGUAACUUCUGCAGCCACAAGUCUAAAACCAAGAUCGGGCUCCUUGUGCAUAUACAGGAGCACAGAUUUCACUGCAAAUACUGUAAAUACCAGGCUUUCUCCAGAGCUAGUGUAAUUGCACAUUGUGCUCAGGAGCAUGAGGAAUUUCAAAGCACUGCCAAGGCAUUAAAGUAUCUCACCCAUGUGCCAGACAUUGCUGCCAAGUCCGAGAUGAAGAAAAGAAAGGCAGAUGAAGAUACUGAGCAAAGCAAAGUGGCUAAAAGGGCCAAGGUUGAUGAAAUGCCAAGUCUAAGCAUGGAAGUGGAUGAAAUCAGUGAUGGUGAUAUAGCCACAAAUGGUACAACUGAUAAAAUCAUAAUUGCUCGAAACAGUGGUGUAAAAGCCCAUACUGCAGCACAAUCUCUACAAGAAGGUGUGUCUUUGCCUACAUCUGGUGGAAGGUACUUGCUAGUUCCAACAGGGAUGCCCUUUAUUCCACAGGGGCAGACUAACUUUGCCCCUAAUGUUUCCUCCAGCUUACCAGUCAUACAAAAUGUCAUGAGCAAAAAUAAAGAAGUAGAUAAUGCUCUUAUUGAGUCACCUGUAAAACGAGCAUUAGCGAUGAAAGUUUCAUCUGGCUCUGCCCAUCCUGCAUCUGUGACUUCUAACAAACCAGCUUCAUCUCUUCCACCAAGUGCUACUCCACCAGUAACUGUAUCUUCAGGUCUUUGCUGGAACUGUGGCUAUUGUGGCUUUGUAACUCUAAGCCAGUCUUUCUUAAAAAUCCAUUUGAAUUACAUGCACCAAGGCCAGGCCCACAAAUAUGUUGCAAUGCUUGUGUCAAGCGAAGAGGAACUGACCAAAAUCAAGGAAUCCGAUGCCAAACUUAGUUCUAAUCCACAACAGGGGCAGGUAAUUCAAACUUCACAGCUUUAUCACAAACAAAGCACUCCUGAAAAUUUGGGCUCGAAAAGUAAUAAUAUUUCCGGUAAGGAAAAUCCCCAAAUUGAAUUGGACAAUGCGGAACAAGUGGAUGUUGAGCAACUUGAGAAAUCCAUACCAAUCUCAUUCAAGUGUGCUCACUGCAACUUUACAUCUGCAGAGGAACUGAGUGUCAAGUAUCACAUGUUUCAGAGACAUGCUGGCAGUGUCCUGUAUGGCUUAGAUAUGAAGGCAGUGAAACUAAGAAAGAAGAGAUAUGUAUUCUACUGCUUAAAGAAAAACUGUAAAUACUUCACAAAGGAUCUGCAGGAAUUCAGGAGUCACAUAGACUCCUGCACACCUUGGUUGGAAGAUAAUGCUCCUAAAGACGUUGAUCCAACCGUUAUAAAAUCGCUUGAACUGACCAAAAAGUUCAUUGAAAAGAACUCCAUGUCAGGGGAAUUUACAAAAGAAAGCCGCAUUUAUAAUACUGCAGAUUUUGGCUGCUCAUAUUGCUCCUACAUAUCUAACAACAACACAAGACUGAAGAAGCAUGUCCUUAUGAACCAUUCUGAGGCCAGGUGUUUGUUUCAAGACCUCCAUGCAACUCAGAAAGGACCGGUGUACUUCUGUAAAACUUGCCUCUGGGAAACACGCACUCAGGACAGCCUGGUAACGCACAAUGAACAAAAACACAGUGAUGUCCCAGCUGUUUCUUCCUCAUCCAAGACUGGACAAAGCAGUCUAGAAACAUGUACUGACAGUGCUGACAAAGAAAAUAGCUCUGACAGUGUUGGCAGAGAAAAAAGUAUUGAGAGUGUGGACACAGAAAAUAGUGUUGAUAGUGUUAUGACAGUAAAAAGUGAGCCAGGCUUGGAAAAUGAUCCGAACAAGGAGACAUUGGCUGAUACAACUCUUGACAUGUAUGAAGGUAUUGUAAGUAAAGAGACGUAUGAAAGUGCACUUACUGAAUACCUUAAGGCAGAGAACAAACUACCACCCACUCCUCCUAGAUCCUCUGGCAGACCAGCAAGAGGGGCUGCUUUGAAAUGCAAAUUGAGCUUUCAGUCUGUACAGGCACCUGAUCUGUACCGCUGUCUGUACUGCACCCAGUAUUGCUUUGGUAUCAGUCUUGUACGAAAACACAUGAGAGAUAAGCACAAGCUUAAGGCCCUACAGGCCAUUGAUGUCAAGAAACAGAGCGAGAGAGAUUCUGAAGGUCAUGUCAUUAACAUUUGUCCAGCUGAAAACUGUCUUGUUUAUUCAUUUAAUUUUGAGAACCUAAUUUUGCAUGCGGAAAAACGUCAUGAAAUGUCAUUAGCUCAUCAUGACCUAAAUCGGCUGGCCAAAGCUAAUCAGAAAACUGUCUUUGUAGCAACUGGGAACAAAAAGGGUCAGCAGAACCCAGAAGAAACUUUCAAAUGUCUUUAUUGCCCUAUGAGUGAGACUUUUCACUCCGGAUUAGAUAUAAAGAAACAUUUGAUUGCGAAACAUAAUGGUGAAGAAUUUGUGUACCGGGACUGUUUUGCCAGAAAGUUGAAUAAAACGUCUAGAAUCUAUACAUGUCAUGACAUGGACUGUGAGUUCACGACAGAAGUUCAGAAUGACUACCUCAUGCACGUCUAUGCACACAAUAAGACGAGAAUCUAUGAAUGCUCCGCUUGUCAGUGGUUUACGGCCAACAAGGAGAUAUCAGAGGGGCACAUUAGCAAAGUGCAUUCUGGGGAAUCGGUGGCCAUGAUUGCUCUGGAGCUACAACUGACCAGCAGUGGGAGCAUUGUGAAACUGGUUGAUGGAUCUGCUGUUAAAGUGGAGAAAUCGAAUGGUUUAUAGAUUUGUAAUGAACUUAUGUGUAAAUCAGGGAUUGCUAUUUCUGAAGUAGUGACGUUUUAUUAAGAUAGUGAGGUUUUAACAGUAAAUCUUAUUUGUGGUAAGAGAAAUUGGUGUUAUUGUCUGUUAGAAUUUACAAGUAUUUUGUCAUUUUUGUGUGCAAUGUAUAUCAAUGAAAAGGAACCAACAUCUUAAUGAAACCUUUAUGUUAAUCAUGUUUACUUGAACAAAGAAUUUCAACCAAGAUACUUUUGUUAAUGAUGCUUUUAUGUAUGUUUAUUUGUAUUGAAGUUUCUACACCAUGUUUUUUCUCUUUUUCAUGCAACAUGUACAUGUAUGCAUUUGAUGGUUUUUGCACCACUUUUUUGACAUUAAAAUAAUGUCCUAAA